AUGACGGGAGUGGAGAAACUGGUGCUGGUUCUGGGUUUACUGGUAAGCCACUGUGAGGUGAGAGCGCGGGAUCCUGAGGUGGAGGAAGAGGAGGAGGGAGGAAGAAGAGGGUUUGUGACAGAGACCCUCCUGCCAGCAGGAACUGGGAUUUCUCCAGUCAGAUCCGGUGAGAACUGGUGUGCCUUCGUGAGGAAGAGUGUGCAGCUGGUGGCCGAGGAGUGUAAAACACGGAGACAUGUCCAGAAUCAGAGUCCCUGUCCCCGCAAGUCACCUGGCUGCCAGAGGGCCACGUACCGGUUGCGGCCCGGCUGCCAGAAACAGAAAGAGGUCACGACCUUGGUGUGGCGCUGCUGUCCGGGUCACGGAGGUCCAAACUGCGACCAGGAAGGUGACCCAGAUGGAUUUCAGCGCCGGGUCGACCCGGACCGGGAGCAGAACGACCAUCAAACAACCUUCGCUGACCCCUCUGACCCACAUGGCUCCGCCACUCACCACCACCCGGUUUACCACCAGAACCAGAACCGGCUGCCGGCUGGGAGCCGGUCUCAGGUCGUAGAGGGCGUGGUUCUGCCUUACCCAGACGUCCCCGCAGCCCUUCCCGUCCCCGACAUGAUGGCGCUGGUCCUGUCCCAACUGCACCCCAUCCUGGAGGGCUUCAACCGCUCUCUGGAGCGCCUCCACCACCAUGUGAGGGCGCUAUCUCAAGACGUGGAGGACAUGAAGCUGAGCCGACGGGGAGCGGAGCUCCGGCAAGACGAAGGUACCGAGGACAAGCUGGAAUCCAAACUGGACAGGAUGUUCCAGCAGAUCGGGAACGUCCGCAGGCAGAUCCAGGAAUGGCGCAGCGACACGGAGACCAGACUGAACUCCCAGCACGACGAGCUGCAGCUCAACCUCAGCAGCUUCAGGGUGGAGGUGGACCAGGAGCUGAAGCAGCAGCAGGAGGUGCUGCAGGCCCUGAACGCAACACAGGCUGCAAUGAGGCUGGACCGGGCCCCUGAGGACCCCCAGCACUCCCCCCAACGCCCAGCUGACAACACGGCCCUGUGGGACGCCAUCACACGGCUGGACAACAUGGUGGUCAACAACACCGCCAAGGUGGAGGAGCUGGAUUUCACUUCAGACGACGCCCAGCAGAUGGCGCUGCAGCUGAAGAAUCUGGAGAAGCUGAUCAACCAGACGGCGCGGAAAAGCCAGAUUCUGUUCAUGGAGACGGGCCUGGAGGUGGAGAAGUCCAAGGUGACGGUGGAGCGGCGGGUGGAGCGGCUGGUGGCGAACUUGACGCGCUACGAGGAGGACCUGCAGGAGAACACCAAGGACGUGGACAACCUGUACAAGGAUUUCUACAACCUCAAAAUGACCAGCGACUGCAAAUGCAGCGACCUGAACGCUGCGGUGGCUCGCCUGGAGAGAGGCGUGGCCAACGUCACCCAGCUGGCCAAUCACAACAGGCUGGAACUGGAGGAGAACAGCGAGGUGGGCGCUCCUUGGGGCGGAGUCAGCGACUGGGAGCCGGCGGUGGAGGCGCUGCAGGCGGAUCUGGAGCAGGUGAAACAGUUCCUGGCCUUGGAGCAGAACAGAACCAGAACCUUGGACCUCGGCCAGGCCCAGCUCAGCGGGUCGGUGUCGGCGCUGCAGGACGAGGAUGUCCAGCUGGACCAGCAGGUGAAGACGCUGUUCGCGUCCUUCCAGUCGCUGCUGCAGGACGCCAUCCGGCACAGCGACGUGCUGCAGCUGCUGGGCGAGGAGGUGCUGGAGUUCCUGGAGUGGCCCCUGCAGGACCAGGAGGCCCACUCCAUCCCCGCCCUGCAGGAGCAGCUCCGCCUGCUGCAGGAGCAGCUGAGGAGCAGAGAGGAGGCGGAGCUACAGGAGCCAGGAGCAGGAAGCAGAGAAGAGAUUCCUGCUGCUGACCAGCCCCUCCGGGAGAACCAGCGCCUCCUGCAGGCGGAGCGGAGCGCUGCAGACAUCCUGCGGGACCUGGAGAGGAAGGUGGAGCAGAGGCUGGUCCGGGCGGAGGAGCGGAGCUGCACCUGCGGCAGCGCCGCGCCCCCUGCAGGACAGGAGGAGGCGCUGCAGGCAGAGAUGCUCUGGCUGCGGAGGGGCCUGGAGGAACACCUGAAGGUCUUCAAGAACGUCUUCAGCAACGCCGAGGUGCUGGCGGCGUCCGGAGACACGCUGCCGCUGGACCGACUGCUGGAGCUGACGAAGCAGAGGGACAGGAAGCGAGGAGGAGGAGGAGGAAGAGGAGGAGGAGGAGGAGGAGGGGGAGGAGGUGAGGGAGGAGCAGGAAGAGGAGGCGGCCAGCGCAGUCGGAGGGAGUCACCAGGUAAGCCGAUCCCAUCCAGCCAAUCAGGCGUCUCUGUGCAGUUUGUGGGCGGAUCGGACCGAACCGUCAGGUUUGGACCGGGUCAGAACUCCAGACUCUUCACGGCGCCUCUGGACGGACUCUACUUGUUCAUCCUCACCUUGGACCUGAGGCCAGGCUCCGCCCACGUCCUGCUUAGGCGGGGCCAGGGAGGGGGCGGGGCUCCGGUGACGCUGCUGCAGCGGCAGGUGGAGGGGGCGGGGCCUGUGAGCGGGGCGGGACUCCUGAUGCUCCAGCAGGGGGAGCAGGUGAGGCUGCAGGUGAGGGCGGAGUGGGCGGAGUCAGAGAGCAACCUGCUGGCCAUGCUGCUGCUGCAGCCAACCACCUGAGGGCGCUGCCAGCAAUCAGCUGCAGGGGGCGGAGCCUCCAGACAUUGGCACCUUAGAGACGAGGGAUGGGCGUUUCAGAGGAAAUUAUUUCUUAUGGAGGAAUUUUUCUGCCAUCAUCAAAGAGACAUUUUCAUUUUGAAAGCAGGACUUCCAGUCUCACACUUAGUCUCUGCUCGCUUCUGAAACGCCUUUUGGCACAGUCACCUGGCAACCUCUCAGCCAACAGAAUCAAAGUGUUGUGCUGGGUGCGUUUGUUUCUUCUAGCAGGUGUGCCUGUGUGGCGGCUAUCAAUAGUAGCAACCUGUGAACAAAAGACAGGAAAUUCUGCUUUCAGACUGAAAAUCCGAGCUCCAAGAUUAUGGCAGAAAAUUCCUCCAAACUUUUCCCAACAGGCCAUGAACGCACCAUAGCGACCAGGCGCUGCCUUCAGGGCCUCAUUUAUAAAAGAAAGAUAAACUUUCACAAUAAAAUACAGAAAUUUGUUAGGUUAGAAAAUAUUUUGUCUAAACUUGGCAACAAACUCCAGAAGUUUCUUUGAAAAUCUGUUUUCAGCCAAGCUAAUAAUUUCCUAAUUUAACAGUUUCUUGAGUAAAAACGUUUCUGGAUGAAAAAAUACUUUAUAUUGUCAACAUUUGCAAUUUAAGAUCUAAAAACAAAACAUUUUCCGUCAGCUUCACUUGCAGGAACAAACUGCAGCCAGAGAUAAAAUGUAAUUAUUCCAAAAGCCUCAAAGAACCGAGGUUUACUCUGGCAUGUUUAUAAAAUAAUAAAUGUGGUUCAGUUUUAGUUUAAAUAAAAUCAGUUUUGGUUCUUUAUAAUUUACUGACUGAAAAAGUGGUGAGAAAAUGUUUAAAACAAAUUUUCAUGCUGCUUUAAUUUAUCCAUGAGGCCAGAGAAGCUUCCUGCUGGGUUCAUAUGAAAUUAUUGCUUUUAAUAAUAUUGUGUAUAAUUAUAUCUCCACUAUUAUGGAAGUGAUGCUUUGAGUUCUGUAAAUAUAUUUUGUUUCUAAACCGAUUUUAACUAAAAAAUUAUUCAGAUGUAGGGACCAUGUUUCACCAGCAGAGGGCGCCGCCGCCCAAUUGAAAUAAAUAUUAUUGUGUGUAAA